AUGCUGGAAACUGAUGAAAAAACGGGUUCUGAUGUGUCUGUAUGGGGAAAUUCGCCGGGAGGCAAAAAAAUGGAACAACAGAACCUCCUUGUGAAGCAGCAGAUAAAGGUAAGUUUCUCCUAUAGCAGCAAUAGAUCGAUGGGCACAGAUUCGAGUUCUACUUACUCUUCUUCUAGUGAGAAAAGCACCAAUGGAGUUCUAGCCGAAUUGAUUUGCCACCAUCUCCAAUAUACGGGGGUGGAUAUUGGUCGUUUGGAGGACGAAGAACUUGUGAGUAAAAUGGCUGGUGUGGUGAAGAAGCUACACAAAGAGAAAAUCUCUCUUUAUCAUAAAGAACGAUUACCAGGAAAAUUGUCGCAAGUGGAAUAUUCUGCUUCUUUGGACUACUUGUUCAACCUCGACGUGGCUCCCAUUAAACGAAGGCUAGGGGUUCUAUCUACUGAAUUGACGCGAGCCGUUGCUGUGAUGCGGUCGAAGUGUGACAUAGAUACUAUGUUAGAGGCCAUGGGUGGUUCUACACCCCCACCAACGAAAAGGUCAAAGCCAAUCUCUUCGAAGCAGGAGUUUAUGAAACGUGUUGAAGCUAUACUUAAAAGCCUGUCGGCGAGUGAAAAAGAAAGUGAAGUGCCGGCGUGCACAUCAGCUGUCACCGCGGAUAGUGAAGAGGAUCCUUCGGGAGGCAAGGAGUGGUAUGAAGGGGAAGACGGUCCUUCCACUUCUGACUCACAAUCUGUUCCUGCCACGGAUUCGAAUUUAGCGGAGGAGGAGCGGUUGAAUGCUAUUGUUCAGAGUAAGGUGCGCUCAUACCUUGUAAAAUCAGCGGCAAAGCGGCAUGCAAACCGACUCAAAAGGAUGCAGGAGUCCUCGCUUCAAGCAGUACAAGAAGCUCAGCCACAUGUUCUUUCCGAACCGCUGUUACCGCUCCAUUCGAAUAUAUCGAUUUCGACGGAACAUUUACCCGGAGAUGAGGGGCUGCUCUCUUUCGAUUCUCCUUAUGCUGAUAAUCUUGGCGAAGACGUUCCUACUCUGAGCUUUCCUCAAGAAGAUCUCGUUCAUCAACCGAAUUCCUCUGCCGUGCAAAACAUUUCGAUCUCGGAAACAACCCAUCCUCAUGACCUCGAUUCCAAUCUAGAUCUACAUAGCUCCGUAGGUGAUGAUGAGUUUACCAGUCUCUUCGGCCACUACGACUUUAUGUGA